AGGGCUCCGUCACCCUCUUCAUCAAAUCCGCAAUCUCAUUCACUCACAAUCCGUUUCGAGGACAACAACUCACUACCUCUGUCUGUAUCAGCCGUGGUUCCGAAUCAUUCAUCUUCAAAUAAUAAUUCCAGCACCAUGACCAGAGAUCAAUAUCAACGAUAUUCACGAGAUGGAUGCAACUUUUUGCUGCUUCACUAUAACUGUAGGCAGCUGUAAACAUUUAAAUGUUAUAUAAUUUAUCCAAUUUCUUUAUCUUUUGGACUUAUGAUGAGAAUUAAGUAGACAAGUAGCUGUUGAACAGCUAUACUCAGUAAUCAUGUUUAAAAGUCUAGUCAUCGUUUACCUUUUUGUCCUGUCUAAUGUGCUGUGAAGUUUUAAUUAAAUUUCAAAGUACUUCUUGGCUAUCUUCCUAUUGACUCCAAGUAGUCAAUAUGACAUCAUCAUAUAAUGAUGAGACCAGGAGUGAUGUAUCCGAGUCUCUGGAGGUCUGUGAAUUCCAGGGACAAUAUGGAGAUACAGGUGGUUGCUUCAAAUCCAAAAGCUUGCCUGUUCUUAACGGCGACUGUCCGACCAUUAAUGAGACAUUAGAUCCAAGGCUGGUCAGUACAACUCAGACUUUAGUAAACACCGACCAAUGCUUGGUGUUCAACGACCUGCGUCAGAAAGGAUACUCGAGUGAAUUGGAUUCACCCACCAGAACUGAUUUCUCCCCUUCGGCGUCCAGUAUGGUGGGUCUCAGCAGCUCAAUGAGAACUGAAGCCAACCGAGCAGGUGGCAAAAAACUAGGCUUUUCAUUGGCAAGACUCAUCCGCUUCCCUGUGAGGAAGUACUUGAGGGUGAUUCUCUCCGACUCUAGGUGUUUUCUGUUCUGCAUGUGCUACCUGACGUUCAUCCAGUCAUUGAUGGUCUCUGGUUACCUUAGUAGUGUCAUCACCACUAUCGAGAAGAGAUACAGCCUUAGAAGCUCUGAAUCGGGACUGCUGGUCAGCUGCUUUGACAUUGGAAGUCUGCUAGUGGUGGUCUUCAUCAGUUAUUUUGGAGGUCGAGGUCAAAGGCCACGCUGGUUGGCAGUAGGAGGAGUGUUUAUCGCGGUAGGAGCUGCUCUUUUCUCCCUUCCGCACUUCAUCUCUCCACCUUAUCAAAUCAAAGAGGUCAACUCAUCCAUGGGGAAUGAGGGCCUGUGUUUGAAUGGGAACAGGAGCAGAGAUGCUCUGGAUGUGUCGUCCUGUCCAAGGGACCAAGAAGGCAAUGAUCACUCUAUAUAUGUGGCCCUGUUUGUCUGCGCCCAGGUCCUGGUGGGCAUGGGAUCCACUCCUAUCUACACACUGGGACCAACAUACCUGGAUGAUAAUGUGAAGAAAGAGAAUGCAUCCCUUUAUCUCGCUAUUAUGUAUGUGAUGGGGGCUUUAGGGCCGGCUGCGGGGUACCUGCUUGGAGGCGUUCUCAUCGGCUUCUAUGUGGAUCCCAAAACCAUCGUCAACAUUGAGCAAAGUGAUCCACGCUUUGUUGGCAACUGGUGGAGUGGUUUCCUUCUGUGUGCUUUCGCCAUGCUGUUGGUCAUCUUUCCCAUGUUCACAUUCCCCAAAAAAUUGCCCCCACGUCACAAGAAGAAGAAGAAAAAGCAUGCGGCGGACAGUGCAUCCAAUGAUGACGAUGAUGUCCUGAAAGAGAAAUCCAACAGCAAAGGCCAGACUGUGGCUUCCUCCAUGGGCUUUGGGAGAGACAUCAAAGAUCUCCCCAAGGCUGCAAUAAGAAUCCUCAGCAACAUGACCUUCCUGUUCGUGAGUCUGUCCUACACUGCCGAGAGCGCCAUUGUCACUGCCUUCAUCACCUUCAUCCCCAAAUUCAUCGAGUCGCAGUUUGGAAUCCCUGCCUCCAAUGCCAGCAUAUACACAGGGGUCAUAAUAGUGCCCAGUGCAGGAGUGGGCAUUGUUCUGGGGGGCUACAUCAUCAAGAAGCUGAAGCUUGGAGCUCGUGAGUCUGCUAAGCUGGCGAUGAUCUGCAGUGGCGUUUCUCUGCUCUGCUUCUCCACGCUCUUCAUCGUGGGCUGUGAAAGCAUCAACCUGGGCGGCAUCAAUAUCCCCUACACCACUGGGCCGACGCUCACUUUGACCCACAGAAACCUGACGGGAGGCUGUAAUGUGAAUUGUGGCUGCCGGAUCAACGAGUACGCUCCGGUUUGUGGCUCAGAUGGCAUCACAUACUUCAACCCCUGCCUGGCGGGAUGCAGCACAGUUGGCAAUGACAGCACCGGGAUCAGAAACUACACAGACUGUGCGUGUGUUCAGAGCAGACAGGUGAUCACUCCUCCCACCAGUGGUCAGGGUAAUCAGCUGCAGCUGGUCAUAGUGAAGACGUACCUGAAUGAGAAUGGAUUCGCUUUGUCAGGGAAGUGUGACAGAACCUGUAACACGCUCAUCCCCUUCCUCAUCUUCCUCUUCAUCGUGACGCUCAUCACCGCUUGUGCACAGCCCUCUGCCAUCAUCGUCACGCUCAGGUCUGUGGACGAGCAGGAAAGACCGUUUGCUUUAGGAAUGCAGUUUGUCCUGCUAAGAACUCUGGCCUACAUUCCCACACCCAUCUACUUUGGUGCAGUGAUUGACACCACCUGUAUGCUGUGGCAGCAGGACUGUGGCAUCCACGGCUCCUGCUGGGAGUAUGAUGUCACUUCCUUCCGCUUUGUGUACUUCGGCCUGGCUGCCAGUCUCAAGUUUGUGGGCUUCAUCUUCAUCUUCCUCACCUGGUACUCCAUCAAAUACAAAGAAGAUCGUCUGAAGCGCUGGCAGCAGCAUCUGCCACCACUGGGCACUGUCAGUGAGCUUAUCUGCCAUGCAGGAGGCCACAAGAGCCACGCUCGCACUCGUUCCUGCCCCAUCUUCACACCUCGUCCUGAACCUCCAGAACAGCCCCCUAUGAACCACGGACACUGCAGCCAGAGCUGCCCUGGAAAUGCCCUCAAAGCAAUAACCCCAUCUGCCCGCUCGCUGCAGGAAAUGCACUGUCACAUUUGAGGACUCGCACCCAAACGUCUGCCUCCGUGUGCCUUCCUGUCGGGCGUCCUCCUCCACAAGAUAGGGCACAAGUAUGCCCGUUUUUCCUCAUGCGCAGCUUUCAGGAGCUUGCUGCGCUCACCGAUCUCAAUGUCUCCAGUACAAACUUACAGCACGUACAGAUGAUGGAGUAUGUGCUGUUGAGAAGUACGGUAGAUGUCUCAUGGUGCUAAAUGGAGAAUGGGGAGGACUGUAACUCUCUGUAUCCAGUCUUGGAUUCCAAGAUGAUUAUAUCAAAGACGUACAAGCACAAAUGGAAAACAGUACUCUAUGCAAUGCCGUACCGCAUUACAGCAGUCGCUUUCUAAUGUAUUAUCAUUAAUCAUAGCAGUAUUCUCAACAGCAGAACAUCUCAUGGUCUUUCUGGAAAGACAUGAUAUCACAGUGCUAAAAACUCCUCCUGGUGAUUUGGGUGGUGUUUAAGGAGCUGCACUGAAACGUUCAGACAGAUCAGUCAGUGUUGUAUGUGAAUUCAGGACCUCAGACUGUACCAUCAGCAGUGAGACCCAUGGACUGCUUUAAUGCACUUAGAAAGGAAUUUUGAAAUAGUGUCCUCAUUCUUUAUAAUCAUAAUGUCUGUUCAGUGAUUGACUCUAAAAAUGCUGAUGUGUUUUGAUGCAUACAGUGGGAUCAGUUGUUAGCUUGAUUUAGCAGACUUGUUGUUCAGAGUUCCUGUAUCAGGGUUAAAAAAAAAAAAAAAAAAAA